UGAAAUCAUCUCAUCUACUAUGACACAUCUUCCACUCCCACACACACCCUAAACAAAAAACAAGAGACAACCCAUAAAAAGAAAUAUAGUAAAAUAAAACACUCAACCAAAAUAUAUCUAUAGAGAUCUCAAACAACUCAAUAAAAAACAAAAGAGAAUAAAAACUCCACACCUUUGAAAAAGUAAAGAAAAUAAAAUACCCAAAAAAAGCAUCCUUAAUUCUUACCCAUUUUCUCAUUCUUCCUCUUCUUCUUCCUCACAAGAACACAACACCAAAUCACCACCACACAAAAAAAAAAAAUGGAACAAGAAGAACCCUUAAUUUACAAUCUCCCACAAGACACACUUCACCAAAUCUUCUCUUCUUUACCUCUCCGCCAAAUCAUCAUCUGCCGUUCACUUUCCAAAUUCUUUAACAACCUCCUCACCUCACCCACCUUCCUCCACCACAUCUCCACCACUCUUCCACCUCUUAACCUCCUUGCUCUCCGCCACCACCACUACAACCACCAUAACAACCACCACAUCCAUCUCUUUGAUCCAAACCUAAAUAAUUGGCUUCAUUUUCCUCUCAACUUCCUUCCUUUCUCUUCCCCUCUUCCAGUUGCUUCCUCUCAUGGACUCAUCUAUCUUUGGGCCCAGCCCAAUAACAAUAAUACUCAAGCCCAAACCCAAACUCAAACACUAAAUACUAAAUCAUUACUUGCUUGUAAUCCACUCACCCGCAAAUUCCGGAUCCUUCCUCAUUUAGGAUCAGCUUGGUGUAGACAUGGCUCGGUGUUAGUUGACUCAGUAAACCGAGUCAUGGUUUUAACUGAACUCGCUGCUUUGUAUUAUGAUGAUAAUAACAAUAAAAGCUGGCAGAAAUUCUCUUCGAAUCUUCCGUCAAAGCCGCGAAGUCCGGUCCUGAUUGAGGACUCGGCUUUCGCGCUUUGUGAUGUUGGCUCCCCGUGGAGGAGCCAAUGGAAGUUAUUCUCCUGUCGCGUAGCCUCGACCAUGUCUAUGAUAUGGUCGAGGCUCGAGCGACAAGAAUGGGGAGAUGUGUUUGAUAUAUUGAAGAGGCCGCGGCUUGUUCGCGGAGUUGGGAAUAGGAUUUUGAUGAUAGGUGGAUUGAAGUCUUCAUUUUCAUUGAAUUCGCCUUGUUCGACGAUUUUGAUUUUGAGGCUUGAUCUUGGGACUAUGGAGUGGGAUGAGGCGGGGAGGAUGCCGGUGGAGAUGUUUCGGUGUUUUCAGGAUGCUGGGAAGUUUAAGGUUUUUGGUGCAGGGGAUAGGGUUUGUUUUUCGGCGAAGAGGAUUGGGAAAUUGGCAUUGUGGGAUCGUGGCGCGGAGAUGGGAGAUGAGUGGCGGUGGAUCGAUAAUGUGCCGGGAAACGGUGAUGGACUCUAUCGAGGAUUCGUCUUUGAAGGGAGGCUUGAUGCAUUGCCUUGAAGUUUCCAAUUUUGGAUUCAUAAUUGGACAUUGGUUAUGGUAUUUUAAUUUGUUUAUGCUAUGUUUAUUUUGGAUAAAACUUAUAUGCAGUAAAAUCGGUUUUACACAUGCAUCCAAUCAUAUAUGAUUAUACAGAUAUUUGUAGAGAUAUUUUAGGAACAGAAAUUACAAAGUUACAUCAUAGUGUAAUUUGAUUUGUUAAUGUUGUUGUAAGUGUGUAACAAUUAAUCUCUUUUAUUUUUCGGUAUGGUCCGUAUGGAUGAGUAGCAUAAUUAUGAACUAUCUUGUAAUGUAUAAUAUUAUCAUUGGAUUUUGAAUGCAAUAAUGAAGGAGUGUGGAAAUCUAUAA